AUGAUUCAGAAGAUACGGAAUCAACCGACACUAAAAAUCGAGAAAUUAAAUACAAUGAUUGAUUUCGGUAUUUCAGUACAGAACUUAUGCGCAACCAUACAAGCCUGCGAGCUUGAUGAAUACUACUACAACGUGACGCUGCUCCAGGAGCUCGAAGACAAGCUUCCACCAACAAUCAAGCUUAGUUGGGCGUUAACGCGCAAACCUCUUCAGAAAGUAAAAAUUACGGAUUUCAAUGAAUGGCUUAAAACCAUUGUUGAAGCUGCCUGUGAAAUUACAACCCCAGAUCUAUCUGCCGUAUGCGUCGGGAAAACUGAUAAAAAGAAAAUCCAAGGAUUCCUAAACGUCCAUUCCGAGUACUCGUCCGAGGAAACGUUCAAAACAGCUAAUCCAGUCUGUGUGGUCUGCCACGAAGACUACGAUGGAUCAUCAUCAACCCUGAUAGAACAAGAACUUUAUAAUGAGCUAGGACUGGAAGGUUCCCCUCAACCACUUUGUUUAAACUGGACAGGUGGAACAAGUAGAUGGGAAAGGAACUCGGUUAAGCUAACUGCCGAAAUAUCCAGUGUGCACAACCCUGACAAACGUUUUUGCCUGCGCGAUAUUCAUACAGUUGGAGAACUUAAUCUUCCAGAGCAGUCACUGUCGAUUGAAAAUUUGGCUAAGAAAUAUAAGCACCUGAUAGGACUUCCGAUCCGCUCAUAUGCAAGAGUCACACCAAAAAUACUGAUAGGCAUGAACAACUGUCGGCUCGGCCACGUACUGGACAGUAGAGAAGGCAAUGAAAUUGAGCCAUCGGCUGCUAAAACUAGGCUGGGUUGGAUUGUGUACGGCCCAUGUUCUAGCUCAAGUGAUUCCAGUUUAAUUAAACCUGUAUCCCAUAGUUCAUAUCAUAUUUGCGAAUGUAAUAAAAAUAAUGAUGACGCUUUACACUCAGCGGUCAAAGAGUAUUUUGCCUUAGACAGUAUGGGAGUUAUUUCACCUCGAAAAAUCCUGCAAUCAAAAGAGGACGAACGCGCCCUAUACCUUCUUCAACAGUGCACUAGGCUUAAGAAUGGCAAAUAUGAGAGCGGUUUACUUUGGAAAUACGACGACAUUCGUUUGCCAAACUCAAGAGAAAUGGCACUAUCAAGAACGAAAUGUCUCGAAAAACGUAUGACUCGCGAACCAGAACUCGCGCAUUUGCUCAGGUCCAAAAUUAUUGAUUACGAAAAUAGCGGCUAUAUAAGAGAAUUAACCCCUCAAGAGCUAACGAUACCGCGACCGAGAGUAUGGUAUCUCCCAAUAUUUACCGUCAUCAAUCCAAACAAGCCAGGCAAGCUUCGCAUUGUUUGGGAUGCGGCAGCUAAAGUUCGAGGAGUAUCUCUCAACUCUCAACUUUUAAAAGGUCCUGACUUACUGAACUCCUUAGUUUCAGUACUAUUCAAGUUUCGAGAGUAUAAAAUUGCUAUUACGGGGGACAUAAGAGAGAUGUUUCAUCAAGUGAAGAUGAAUGAAAAUGAUCAACAUUGUCAGAGAUUUUUUUGGCCCACUGAAAAGGGAGAGUUUCGCGAAUACAUUAUGACGGUGCUAAGCUUUGGGGCUACAUGUUCUCCGUCAACGACUGAAUACUGCAUGAACCUCAAUGCCGAAAGAUUCGCAAAUAAAUUUCCAGAUGCUUUCGAGGCUAUUACGAAGCAACACUAUGUUGAUGAUAUGCUAGCGAGUGUGGAACGAGUCGAGGAAGCAAUUGAUUUAGCGAGAGACGUCCACUACAUCCAUUCGCAGGCGGGGUUCGAGAUAAGGAAUUGGCACUCGAAUUCCGAUUACGUUUUAAAAAAACUGGGAACGGUCUAUUCCGAAGAGAAAAGUCUUAACAUAAACGCAGACACCUCUUUUGAAAAGAUACUUGGCAUGUGGUGGAAUACGAAAACAGACUGUUUUACUUUCAAAGUGUCACCGCGACACGAUAGCGAUUUACUUUCGGGACGGAAAGCUCCCACUAAGCGCGAGACUCUUCGAACUCUAAUGACUAUUUUCGACCCUUUAGGGUUAAUUGCCAAUUUUUUGAUGUAUUUGAAAGUGCUAAUUCAGGAAGUGUGGCGGUCUGGUCUGGGAUGGGACGACGAAAUAAGCGGCAUACUUCUACACAAGUGGAGACUAUGGCUUCGAGUGCUCCCAGAAGUACAACAAGUCUCUGUUCCUAGGUGCUACCGCAAAUGCACUUCCGCGUCUGAUGAUACUAACAUGAUUGAGCUUCACACCUUUGUAGAUGCGAGCGAAAACGGCUACGCCGCAGUAUCGUAUUUCAGGUUUCAUGAAGGCGAUAAUGUAGAAUGCGCAAUCGCUGGAGCAAAAACUCGUGUAGCACCUUUAAAGCUCGUUACUAUACCUCGUCUUGAACUGCAGGCAGCAGUAUUAGGAGCACGUCUGGCUAAAACCAUCGCAGAGCAACACAAACGAACGAUUGUAAGGCGCUACUUUUAUACAGACUCGAAGGAUGUCAUGCAUUGGUUAAACUCGGACCAUCGACGUUACAGCCAGUUUGUGGCCGCACGAGUUAGCGAAAUACUCGAAUCCACCAUUACAUGCGAAUGGUAUUGGCUUUCGACGAAAUUGAAUGUGGCAGACGAAGGUACAAAAUGGCAAAAGUUGCCCGACCUUUCACCGAACAGUCGCUGGUUUAAAGGCCCCGAUUUCAUGUGGACAAAAACCGUUAAUUGGUCAAUACAUAACAACGGUUUUGGAUCAACAACUGAAGAGUUACGUCCUAGUAUUUUCCACCACACAGUGAGCGCUCCAGUAAUCUCGUGGGAACGUUACUCGAGUUGGAAUCGAUUGCUGCGCGCGGUUGCGUGGGCAAAACGAUACGUAGUAAAUCUUCAUAGCAAAGUGAGACACAAGCAACUACAAUAUGAGCCUCUAUCGAGUGAAGAACUACAGGGUGCUGAAGCUUGCAUCUAUCAAUUAGCCCAGAAGGAAAUAUAUCCCGAAGAUUAUUUGUUUGCCUCCCCUUCUUUCAAGUUAAAUGCGUACGAACGUCACGUCGCAAAAGGUCAACUGUACAAGUUACGUCCAAUAAUGGACGAAAGACAAGUCUUGCGUAUCCCAGGACGAAUAGAUGAGUGCAAGUUCGUUAGCGAAACGGUGAAGAACCCUAUAUUGUUGCCCAGGCAGCAUUACAUUACAACGCUUAUAGUAGACGAAUUUCAUAAGCGUUAUCACCAUCAAAACCAUCAAACAGUGUUGAACGAGCUGAAACAAAAGUUCUACAUUCCUAGAGUACGCACUCUGUAUACUCGUAUAAGACGGAACUGUCAGCUAUGCAAAAUACGAAACGCGAUGCCGCAACCUCCAAUGAUGAGUAACCUUCCAGCGGCUAGAUUGGCUGUUUACGCGAGACCCUUCUCAUUCAUAGGUAUAGACUAUUUUGGACCGCAACAAGUAGUAUUAGGACGACGAGUAGAAAAACGCUGGGGAGUACUAAUAACGUGUCUCACUGUUCGAGCCAUCCAUAUCGAAAUAGCCCACUCUCUUACGACAGACUCCUGCAUCAUGGCAAUUCGUAAUUUUAUGUCAAGAAGAGGAAUACCACUGGAAAUUUACAGCGAUCGAGGAACGAAUUUCAUCGGUGCUGAACGAGAACUCAAGGAAGCCUUAAAAACAGUAGACCAGGAUCGAAUGGUGAAAGUCUUCACAACGUGUUCAACGCGUUGGGUAUUCAACCCCCCCGCCUCGCCGCAUAUGGGAGGCAGUUGGGAACGGCUGAUACAAUCCGUUAAGAAAGGACUCGAACAGAUCAAACCUCAAAGAACGAAAUGGUUUCUGCCAGUAAAACCUAUUCAGGAAGGCGAUAUUGUAAUAAUCGUGGAUCCCGUAUUACCACGAAGCUGCUGGCCAAAAGGUCGAGUGCUAUCCGUUUCACAAUCUAAGGAUGGCCAAGUACGCAGCGCAGUAGUUCAAACAUCAGUGGGUGUAAUGGAGCGACCCGCGGUUAAGAUUGCAGUACUGGACAUCGUGGCAACUUAG